AUGCUCUUACGGACGGCGUACGGACUCCGUACGUGUCAAACACGUCAAAGCCGUUUUUUGCGGGAUCCUCCUUCUCACGCCAUCGAACACUGUUCACAUAUCUUAGCUUGUACCUUCGAAGGUACUCGUCAUAAUUCCGGUUUCGAAAAAGACAAAAGCGACUCGCAAGCGCCUGACCAUAUCGCAGAAGCUCGAAAUCGCAGAUCUGCUCGCCAAUGGACACCGUACACCAGCAGUUGUGUGACAGUUCGGCAUUGCAGAGCGCACUGUACGCAAAAUCAAGGCAACUGCUCCAGCAUUGCUCCGCGUAGCAAGCGAGAAGCCCAAAUCACUCCAAACGAAGACUCGUCAGUCCGUAAUGGUCCCCCAUGUCGAACUGAACCUCCUCGAAUUUCUCAACUAUGCCAAGGUGUAGUGGAAGCGUCUGUCAAUGACGCCAUGGAUGUUUUGGAGACGGUUCACGUAGUGCAGAAUCCACCUGAAAUGCAAUCAAGUGAUAAAGAUGAGAGCGCAGAAGAUACAAUAGAGAGGAGGACUAUACCCUAUGUCGUCGAGAUCGCGGAAUUGUUUGGAGAGCAGGAAGUUUGGCGACUGAGUGCCAAGCUGCAGACGCUCUAUCGCAUCUACGGUCGGCAAGGCGCGUGUUUCUCACCGCGAAACACAACAGAGAACCAACACGGAGCAGGCAGAAGUAAAUUACAGUACCGAGUGCAUGCAGAUAGAAGAAGUAACGUCACUUUCUAAUGCCGUCUCCCAAUAGUGCAGGUUUUUGGGGUUUCGCACGGGGCGGCACUAAUGGGUAGGGUCCCCUGUACCUACCUUUCGUGACGGGAUGCUACAGUACACUCUAUGCACACCAUACGCACGAAGACAGAGACUAAUAAGCCAUGCUUUAGCACAGACGGGGCGCCGUUUCGACACUGCCUGCAAUGCACACGUUAGUAAACAAGACGACCAGUAGUUCCCUCGAGAAACAAAACCUAUCCCAAUUCAACCAAAUUGCACCGGCCAGCUUUUGAAGUGCUGUGAGAAGAAAUGAGCUUCGGCUAAAGGAAAAGCAUUGGUGGGAACAACAAUAGCUUCUCCUUCGGAACACUGCGGAGCUGCGACUCACCCAUAAUAUCACAAGUAGCAACCCAAUUUGUCCUCCUCUCAACGGAUGAUGGAAAAAUGGACGACUGAGUACGCAGCGUUUCCUGAAACUCGGCCUUGUUAAGAAAUCGUAGCGAUAGUCAAGUAUGGUUAAAGAUGUGUCCGGGGUCCAUGAAACGCUUAUGUGAAGAGAACUAGCCGAUUUUGUGCGCACUACUGGGGCACGACUGUGCGGAAAUUAGGUGUCGGUCGUUCAUAGAGGCCCGUUACGCAGCCUUUCCGAGCUGCAUCAUGGGAUUUAGUCUGGGAUAACGGGAGCAAUCAGGUACAGUAGUUCCCUCGUCUGUUCUACAGAGUUGUGUGUUUGUCACCAAGGCUUGUUACAAUGCGAUCACGGCCUUGACUUCAGAACAACAUACGUAUACAGUACAUCGAAAAACUGAUGUAGAGUGGCCCCAUCGUCAAUGAGAAAGGUAUCUGCAGAAAUCCUUUACCACCGCAGAAAAUGCAGGAGAAAAAGGAUAUUCGGUCAUUUUUUGCAUUUCUCUACUUUCUUCAUUGACGAGGACGAAUAUUUGAAACUAUUCCGGUACGUUCACCUCUGAGGCUCAGUGACAGUGUUUGAACGAAACCUUCAGUUCAAGGAACAAAGUUUGCCGAAUUCUUCUUUGUUAGUUUUGCAUUUCCAGUAGUGGCGUUAACGCAAUCCUCCAACUUAAACCAUUGUCGCUCAGGUUAUAAAUGGGAAGAAAGGAAAGUCACAGUGCACAAGCCACAAAAUCAAAGGAUUUCACGUUUGACACGGUCCUUGGGUUGACUGUUCAUCAUGGCGACUGCAUUUUGUUCUGGUUCAAAACUUACGGUAGCGCUGGAGUUGCCCGGAACAUGCAAAUGCAACUUACCUUCCCUGAUCGGGCUCAGGGCAGGGCAGGGUGCAAUCUUGAUCAUGGAAUACUUGUCACUGAUGUGCGCCUUACAAAUAUUGGUUAAAGGGCUGUUCACGAAGAGCGCAAGGAGCGGCCCGUCAUCUGGGUUGUGUCGAAUGAUGUGAGAACCGACUGUUCUUCUCGUCCAACGUCAUGAGAUUCGCAUAUUAUGGCGUUGGUAGCUGGGGUUGAAAGAGGGAAGGUGUGACUUCGGCAUGGUUGCACGUCAACCUUGCUAUUCCAACAACUUGCAUAUCUGAGCACUGCCUAUGGGAAUAUAAACCUCCGGGCAGCUCCAUGAAACAGGAUAGGGUUUGUUGGAGAAAUGUGGAAAAAGCAAAAAGGAAACGAAUUGGAGUCAAAAUUCGAAUGCUGAACGAUUAAAUUUUUUUUUGAUACGUGUACUCUCAAUAACACUUGGGAAGGAAUAGAGACUAUUUUUAAUUACUGUCAGGAGAGGUGAUCCGUCUCUUUGGUACGAAACGUGUCCACGUUUUGAUGCAUAUCGACCCGUUUUUUUGCCUUGCCCUCUUCUGUCUCGACUCACUGCUUCAACACAUCCGUACUCUCUCACCUUCCCCCUGACGUCGCUUCACUUCAAUUGCAGCUGAGGCAUCGCCCCGCGCAAUGUCUCUACCGAAGCGCCCACCAACACAUCGCGGCGCGCAUCACUCCAGCCCCAUCUAUACCGCCGCGUCUCACCUUCGCUCGCCCACCAGGUCUCGUUCCACUCUCAACAAGCUCGACUUGGACUCUGCCUUUUUCUGGCUUCUUCUCGUCUUUCUCGUAACCGUGUUCGCUUUCCUCUCCCUACGCGACCGCCACGUACAGCUCAACCCAAAUCAAGUCGCCGAAUAUGAGCGCCGCUCUCAAUUCCUUUCCAACUCUACCGUCUACAUUGUCGAAGUUGCCCGUCCAGAGGGCCUUCUCACCAAGCUCUCCGCGGACGACUGGACAAAAAUCUCCGCCGACAUUGACUUUGUCGCUUUCGUCUUUGAUGACCUUCCCCUCUUCCUAACUGACGAUUGGGUCGCCGCCGCAGAGCGCGUUCUCCUCGAUCGUUCACUUCCGCAUGCAUCUCGCGUGGAGGCAGGCGUCGGCAUCGCCCUCUUUCCGUGCGGGUGUGUUAUUCCAAACGAGUACUUCAGGCAGGUUGAUGUCCGACUCGGCGGUUAUGAGUGCUUGCUACUUCCGGGGUGGGUGCUACCGCACGACGAUGUCCACUGGCUUGAUGUCAGGGAUUCUGCCGCGCCGGAAACAUGCCGCAGGAGAGAGGGGGUCCUUGCAGCGCGUAUGACAGCGAGGUACAGGAAAGAGCUGAAAGAAAUCUACGAAGCGAUAGAAACCAUGCGCAGGGAUGCUGAUUUUGGUGGCGUGCUUGGGAUGGGCUCCGUCGAAAAUGGGGAGGAAGCUGCGCGCGAGCGGAACCCACGCAUGGAUCAGGGGCCAGGGGUAAACCAGAAUGAGUUGAGCAAUAAGGUGACUGCGGGAAGGAGAUAGCAAUGGUCAUGUGAGGUGCGCCCCGUUUGUACAUUGGUGGUUUUUGGGGCGCGUUCUCAGAUGUAUGAAUUCACUUCUUUAAUAUUCUCUGAUGACAGGAACUGGAAGUCUGUGCGUGUGGAUGGAGCUACUGCAAAUGAUUUCGGUAAUCGCAUUCAGUGUCGUUGACGCUUCCGCGCUUUAACUUGCGUGUGCGGCUUCGCCUCAAUAAAUCAACCUUGCUGGUCACAGAAGAGAGCCCCUCUCAAAAUGUCACUGGCAUGGUUGUAGAGGCCUUGGGUGCGUUUCCGA